UGUCUCUGACUCACGAGCGCGCUUCAUCUGCCGGGAGCGCGCAUCAGUCAUGCUUCAUCCAUCGCGCGCCUCGCUUGCGUCGGAGGAUUUUGUCUUUUAUUCUGCAAUUAUCUUACCUGCUCUCACUGUCGCUCCGCUCAGCGCUGUUUCCAAAGAAAAUCCGAUGUUUGUUGUUCAAACAAGCCAAAAGACUCGAUAUUCUUUUUAUGUUUUGCCGUCCUGUGAAUGAAACAAAAAGACUGGCAAGACAAGGAGUAACUGGCUCCAGCUGCGGUGCUGUGGUGGGUUUCCUUUUUCUUUGUAGGUCAUUCUCUUAACUUAAUGCUGUCGACACUCCCGUCACUGUAUACAGCCUGAGGAUUUAAACGCAGGAAAGCCACUUUAAGGGACUUGAACUGACGAGACGAGGCAACCGCCUUUCAUUCGUGUGGAAAAAAAGAAAUUAUGAGAUGCUAGGAGACUGAUCAUCCUGCGGGGGGGAAAAAAAGGUUUAUGCAUGUAAGGGAACUGGCUCAGCUCUGCCAAUCCUCUCUUCUCACAUCCCACUGUGCCGCUCCACAAACACCACAUUUGCCUGCUGUCCUCAACCCAUGGAGAGUACACGCCCACCCAGAUAGGAUGCCGGCUUCGUCCGACGCGCUGCGUCCCCUCCUGCCCAUCGCCACCACCUCCUUCUCCUCACGUGUACCUGCUCUUGCUGACGGCCCCUCCCAGCCCUUCAGGCCGCGCCCCGCCCCGCACCAACAUGGUGGAUGAGAUGACCACUAUGAAGGAUGACGUCAUCAAUGCCAACACGCUGGCUUGGCUGGUCUGCUCGGGCGUGUCCAUCCUGGCCAACACUUGGAGCAUUCUUAGCGUCAGUGCUAAGCAGAAAAAGUGGAAACCGCUGGAGUUCCUCAUCUGCACCCUGGCAGGGACACACAUUCUCAACAUGGCUAUACCCAUCACCAUGUACUGCGUCAUAACGCUGCGGCGGCAGCACUCUAACUAUGAGUGGAACGAGGGUCUGUGCAAGAUGUUUGUCUCUACCUUUUACACGCUAACAUUGGUCACCUGCUUCUCGGUCACCUCGCUCUCCUAUCACCGCAUGUGGAUGGUCCGCUGGCCAGUGAACUACAGGUUGAGUAACACCAAAAAGCAGGCGGUUCACACAGUGAUGGGCAUCUGGAUGGUGUCCUUCAUCCUGUCCACGCUCCCAGCAGUGGGCUGGCACGACACCAUCGAUCGCUUCUACACCUCCGAUUGCAGAUUCAUUGUGACAGAGAUCGGCCUGGGCUUCGGCGUGUGCUUCCUGCUGCUCAUCGGCGGCAGCGUGGCCAUGGGCGUGAUCUGCAUCGGCAUUGCUCUCUUCCAGACCUUCUCCAUUCAGGCGGGCCAUAACGCCGACAAGAACAAGUUCAAUGUCCCGACCAUCGUGGUCGAGGAUGCUCAGGGGAAGCGCAGAUCAUCCAUAGACGGAUCAGAGCCUCUCAAAACUUCGCUGCAGAUCACUUACCUGAUCAGUGGCAUCGUCUUCAUCUACGACUUCCUGACUGGUUUCCCCAUACUGGUGGUGAGCUUUGCCAGUCUGAAGUUCGACCGCUCCUAUAACUGGAUGGUGCUGUGUGUGCUGUGGUGCUCCAUCGCUCAGUCCAUUUUGCUGCCCAUGUUCCUCUGGGCUUGCGACCGUUACCGGGCCGACAUCCGUAUGGUGUGGGAGAAGUGUGUCGCCAUCAUGUCCAACGAUGAAGUGGAUGAGGAAAACAGCCAAGAUGGAGGAAUUCAUGCCGACUUAAUAUAUGACAGACCAUAUGACUAUAGCUCGGCGCCUGAAAUCGUGAUGAUAGACCGUAAUGCCAAGUUUGAGUUCUCAACCUUAGAAAGGGGGGUUCUGCAAGGGUAUCCAUUGAGGGAACAACAGGAAGAUAAAAUGCAGUAUUUGCAGGUGCCCCCUACAAGAAGAUACUCCCACGACGAAACAGACAUGUGGACCAGCGACCUGAUCCCCUCAUACCUGCAGCGAUGGGGCUCCACCGAGGACGUGAUAGUGACUGCCCACUACAGCUCCACCUUGCCGCGCCGCGAGAGGCGCAGGAGCAGCCUGGUCUCCUACCACGAGGAGAGCCACUAUCACCACCACCCCCACCGCAAGCGGCGGCGAUCUGAGGACAACAUGCACUCCCUCAGGCACCUGCCUCGCAUCGUGUGCGGCGGGGAGCGCUACGAGGACGAGCUGUGGUGCUUCAGCCGCGACGAGGUGAUUAACUUUAUAGACGAGAUUCCCGUGCCGAGCCCCAGGAGGAGCCCACGCCGCACGUCCACCGUCUCCCUCAUCCCCAACAUGUACGAGCAGCACGCCAUCGUCCUUCCCCACUUUCCACUCACAGACUUCGAGCGGGAGCCCCAGGCACUCAGGCGGACCUCGGAGCACAAGAGGAGCGGCAGCAGCAGGGGCAACUCGCCAGAGGGCUCCCCCAAACCGGACCGGUCCCCUGGCAAGAUGAGCCACGGGGCUUGUGGCUCAGGGAAGGGCUGCAGUAAAGGCCAGCGUGACGCGGGACAGCAGGACAGAGGGGGCUCACCCCGACGCAGAGAGAGGACUGUAGGGCACUCUGGCAGCAGGCACAGGACAGGUGAAGGUGCCAUGUCCAAUGCUGGAGCUGAUUGGCUGAAGCAAAAGCACCUCAGCAAGGCUGAGAGUAAGGGCAGCACAAACAGUUUCCUAAGCACACCUUCAGCAUCGUCCUCGGGAUAUAUUACCUUUCACUCUGAUUCUGUUGGUUCCACCACCUGAAGCAAAGCACCCAUGUUGAUAAAAGUAGUAGGACGUAAUAUCUAGUUGAAAACCUCAGUGGGUUUAGAGAAGUGACAGGCUGGAACAUAUCGACCUUUUUACUUGUGCCAUUAUUCAGUUUUCUUAUCUAGCAGAGAUAAGCAUCUGCUAAUCCUAGAUGGCCUUAGGAACUUUGGACCUAUUUUUUGACUGGGCCUUGAUUUCAUGUGUGGGCUGGUGACAAUAUUGAUCAAUCCAGCUAUUUAUCUGUCACAAAGCAAAAUCUCCAGUGACAAACACUUUUCUGCCAGCACUGACACAAGGGAACUAUUUUUAAUUGUUGUGAUCAUUCCUGAACCUUGUUUCUGUCGUUUGGCUCUUAUAGGAGGAUAAAAUAUUUUCAUGUGGAUUGGUAAGGAUUUUUAUUACUAUGUUUUCUUUUGUCUUCUUUUAAAUUCUUGAACUUGAGUUGUGUUUUACUUGGCUUGUCAUGUAUUUUUGUUGUGUGGUACGAACACAAGCUUUCUUGAAUACAGUACAUUUUCCUUCA